ACCUACGCUUUUCCGGUGAGUCCCGGCCAGAAGUUCGUUCGGCUUUACUUCUACUCUGCUCCUUACCCCAACUUCGACCGCACCAGAGCCGUCUUCUCUGUCACAGCUGGUCUCUACACUCUCCUUCGCGAUUUCAACGUUUCCGUCAACGCUGAUGCUUCUGGUACCAAUCAUUUUUUUCAAGAAUAUUGUGUGUGUGUGGAUGAAAAUGAUAACAAACUCAAUCUUACAUUCACUCCCACCAAUAUGGACUCCUAUGCUUUUAUUAGUGGGAUUGAGAUUGUAUCCAUGCCCGCUGAUCUUUAUCAUACACCGCCGGAUCCUAACGAUGAAGGCGGUCGGGGAUUGAAGCAAAUUGGCCAGAAAAAUAAGUUCUUCCCAAUUGAAAACUACACGUCUCUCGAGACGGUAUAUAGGAUGAAUAUCGGUGGAAAAACCAUCUCCCCCUUUAAUGACACUGGAAUGUUGCGGACCUGGUCAGAGGAAAACUAUUUGCUUGAUAGGAACAUAUACGAUGCUCGCCCUUUUAACUUGACUAUCCACCUCAAUUAUACUAAAUUUCCGCCAUACACAGCACCAGAUGAUGUCUAUCGCACUGCUCGAACGAUGGGACCAAAUGUUACGCUGAAUAAGAGCUACAACCUCACAUGGGAGUACCCUGUACAUCCUGGAUUCUUUUACAUGCUUCGUCUUCAUUUCUGCGAGUUUGAGGCUGAAAUCAACGACACAAAUGAUAGAGUGUUUCUGAUUUACAUUGGAGACAUGAUCGCCGAGCCGUCUGCCGAUGUGUUUCGUUGGGCCGGGGGGAAAUAUAUUCCAAUUCGCAGAGAUUAUGUUGUGAAUGUGCCUAGUAGCAAAGGCGAAAAGACAGUGAAUCUCUCCGUUAAGCUCCAAGCAAACCCAAAUGACUUUCUAACUAGAUUUACCAAUGUCAUCUUGAAUGGUAUUGAAAUCUUCAAAUUAAACAACACCAACGGUAGCCUCGCUGGCCCAAACCCAGACCCACCUCCCAACACCCCCACUCAACCCCUUCUGCAACUUAUUUCACAAUCGAAGAAUUCAAAGAGUAAAUCAACGAUAAUUAUAGUUCCCAUCGUGGUCGGAGGUGUGGUAGCUAUACUAGCUCUAAGUGUAUUUACAUUUCGUAGAUGCAGGACAAUCACAGACAAGAGCUCAAGUGAUGGAACUUCCAGGAGGGCUUUGCAUUCCAUGUCCACGAACAAGUCAAGUAAGAGUGGCAACUCAAAUCUUCCAUCUGAGUUAUGCCAUUACUUUUCAAUAUCGGAGAUCAGAGCCGCCACAAAAGAUUUCCACGAUGGUUUCAUCAUUGGCACUGGAGGUUUCGGCAAUGUCUACAAAGGGUACAUGGACAACGGAGCCACACAAGUUGCGAUCAAAAGAUUGAAACCAGGUUCCAAACAGGUAGAGAAUGAGUUCACGACGGAGAUUGAGAUGCUCUCAUAGCUUCGUCAUCUCCAUCUCGUCUCUCUGAUCGGAUACUGUAACGACGAAGAUGAAAUGAUUCUAGUUUACGAUUACAUGUCUCAUGGAACCCUCAGAAGUCACUUGAUCUGUGGUAGCGACGAUGAACAAACUCUUACAUGGAAGCAACGCCUCCAGAUUUGCAUCGGAGCAGCGAAAGGGCUGGACUACCUCCACACCGGCGCCAAGAGCACCAUCAUCCACCGUGACGUCAAAACAACAAACAUUUUACUCGACGAGAAUUGGGUUGCGAAGGUUUCUGAUUUUGGACUGUCGAAAGCCGGCCCAACGAGCAUGUUCAAAGCCCACAUCAGCACGGUGGUUAAAGGGAGCUUCGGUUACCUUGACCCGGAGUACUGCCGGCGGCAGCAUCUCACUGAAAAAUCUGAUGUAUAUUCCUUCGGAGUGGUUUUGUGCGAAGUGCUUUGUGCUCGUCCUGCGUUGAUUCGUAACAACGAAACGACACUCUUGUUGGCAGAAUUGGUUCGACGGUGCUAUCGUGAAAAGACUGUUCAUCAGAUUACUGACCCGAAUAUCAAGAACGAAAUUGCACCGGAAUGCUUUAAAAAAUUCGUCGAAAUCGCGAUGAGUUGCAUCCAAGGCGAGGGAAACAAACGGCCAUCGAUGAAGGAUGUGGUGUGGGGGUUGGAGUUUGCAUCCCAAUUGCAAGAGAGUUCAAAGAUGGGAGACGAUGAGCUCAGCAACAGGGAGGGCUGGGAUCACUUGGGGGAGGCCAUGUUCAGUAACAGUGCCGAGAUUGAGAUGAGGACAAACAGUAGUAGUGAGAAUUCAAGUUUUGUGUGUAAUAAUGGAAUGUCAGGCAUCGUCUUCUCUGAACUUGAGGACCUGCAAGGAAGAUGAAGGACAAAUUUCAAAUCAGUGUGCUUUUCUUUUUCCUUUUUUUUUUUAGUGGUUGCGUUGAAAAGAAUUAUGGAAAGAAGG